UAGUAGCUCUUUAGAAAAUAAGGGUAAUGACACCCUUCCCUUUCCCAGCAGUGUUGUGAUGAUAAUACAUUUGUGGAAGAUUGUGAGGUGUGUAAAUACUUCUCAUAGUAGUAAGAGAUUCAUCUAUUGUUUUCACCAUGGGGCUUGCCUACGUCUUGUUGAUCUCCAGAGAAAAUUUCAUUAUCAGGUUGUGCCAAGUUGAUAAUGGCAAGGCAGUGGGUGAGAAAAAGGGGGCAGACAAAGUGGAUAUGGAUAGUCAGUUUUGGGAGUGUAAUAAGUAUGGACCUUCAUGUUGUAACCCACAAGCUAGACUGUACCACGUAAGUCAAGCAGAGGUCAGAAAAGUAUGCCUUCAACAUGCGGUGUCUGUGUGCUAAAAGUAAUCACUUAGGUAUAUUGGAGGUGAAAUUUUGAAAAUAAAACUUAUUUGAAAAUGAACCUGGGGUAUCAACUGGAGUCUUGAGACCAGAUUUAAUGAAUGUUGAUUGCUGUGUCAUAAAGAGAAGGAAUGCACUGAUGGAACAGGCUGAUAAAAAGUGGAAGGCAUAGUGAAUACACAGGUAGAUUAGGAAUAAUGUAGUAAGUAGCUGAAUGACCCCUAGGACUGCAAUGAUCACAUGCAGUGAACUUCAAGAAGUAGAAAGUACAGGAUUGAGCGUUUUGCACUAAUAGCAGGAACAUGUGUUGACAUUUGAGGGUAACUCUGCAAAAGGAAGUGGAAGGGAAAGGACAGCUUAUUACCUGUUACUGAAAGAUUGUGGGGCAUUAAUGUGAUUCAGCUGGGUCCUAGGUUGUGUUGGUCUACAUACAUGUCAUUGAGUUAAGGAAGAAUCACUUUUUUGAAAAGGGUGCUGGAGAGGCAUCUUUGGGAAUAGCAUUUAGCCUUUUGAACAUUCAUCUUUAAGACAGAUAAAUUCAACAGAAUAACUGAUGAUGAAAGGCUUCUGGACUGGUUGGGUAGUAAUUUUGUCUAAGAAAUCACUUGAACAUGGUUUCGUUAGUGACCUAAGAAAUGGACUCAAGGCGGAAAUGCUGUACUCUGUGUGAGAAGAGGGAGAGGACCAGGGCCCAGCUCUUUCUCCUGAGAGCACCUCUCUCCUGUGGUGCUUUGACUCAUGAGCUGUUCUUUCUGUGUUAAUCCCAGGACCUGAAUCUGGCCUGUUAGUGAAAUAAUGGGACCACAGCAAUGCUAAGUGGAAAGAAUAUAACUGUACCAGGAACAUGAAGAAGAAAAUAGCCUGCUUUGCACAGAGGAAAAGUUCUUACCAAAACAAGAUGUGAAGCCCGCAGACCUAUUUUCAGUUGUAGAAUUUAGCAGUAUGGGCACAAGUCAUAUACUGCUUUACCAGGUUUUACAAAAACUGGGCUAUGAAACUCGCAUGUGGAAAACUUAAUGGAGGUCAGUAGAACUCAAGGAAGUAUUUGACCUUUGCCGUGAUGAGAAGAGUGUAUUCAGUGAUAAUAUUGUUAACCUGUGAAGUUUGAGAAGAGAUCCAAGUUGUUUUCCGGUGGAUGAGUUGGUAUAACUGGGCUUUGGAGAUUAAAUAGAAUUUUGUUCCAAAUUACAUCAAAUCUGUUGGGUUCUGGAGUUUCCUCUAUAAUGAGUCUUAAUAAUGGACACACUGAAACAGGGGUCCACUUUUAGGUGGCAAUUCCUCUGUUACUAUGCAAAUCGUUAUUUCAUUUUUGUGGAUUUACGUACUGAUUUGGGGCUUUUGUGGGUUGCUAAUGCUUUUUAUUAUAGUGUUCAUGUAUUUCUUUUUAAGUGAACACGUCAUCGGCAGUGUAACUUGGCUGUAUUUUCACACUUGGCACUUGAAUGUAACUCUGCCGUUUUAUUGGAAUAUUUGAAUAAAUGCAUUGUUUUUUGGCCGAGUUUGUUCACCAACUGCUGCUGCAAUCAAUGAAGUUUUGAGCUUUUCUGGUAAUAAGGCAAUUGUUCAUGCGCCUAGCUACAGAUUAAUACCCUAGCCCUGUAUAUUGAAACUUGGGUGAUGCCAUCUGCAUGUGAAGAGAGACAUUUUACCUAAGGUCAGUUAUUAAAAACCAGUUAUUAAAAACAUACUGGGGAAGGUAAUUCUUUCCAUGGGAGAGUGUAAGUGUCUGGCAAAAGAAAGUGGCAAGGAAGAGAGCACCAGAGUUUGUGGUUGUAUCUGUGAUGUUGUUGUGCAGAGUUGUUAAACACAUCUGAGAGAUUGCUCCUAAGAGUGUGUUUUCGUGACUACAGCUUUCCUGCUGUGGUUUGAGGAAUUACAUUUUUGCCAGGGUGUCUCACUCAAGGAUGUUAAGGUUACCUACUCCCAACCAACAAGCUUAGGAAAAAAAAAAAAAGAAAAAAAAAAAAAAAAAAAAAAAAAAAAAAAAAAAAAAAAAAAAAAAAGAAAGAAAAGAGGAGGAGACCCUGCAGCUACCUUCAGGCAGGCAAACGCCUUGCAAUUCAGCAGAUUUCCAAGCAGCUUUCCUGUGGAAGCAGCCUGGAGGCUCAGGAAUGCGGGGUCAGACAAGAGCUCAGUCACGGUGUAUUCCCCGGCGGCUGCCCGGCAUCGCGGCGGGCCGGCCCGCGUAAUCGUUCCAGGCGGCCCGUGGAAAACCACCCUCUGGUUAAGCCUGCAUCCUGCUGUUCCACCAAUGGAAAAAAUUGAACGGGAGGAGGGUGUGUAGCCUGCGGACGAAAAUACACCCAGCCUCGCGCAGGAUCUGUUUUUAGUUCCCUUCGGCCGCGCGUUGUGAAGUGUUAGGCACAGUUUCCUGGCAUGCCCAGGGCAGGGAGAGGCUGUGCCUGCGUGUCCCUGCUCCCGCGGCAGUCCCGGGGCAGCCGGGAGGCUGCGGCAGAGCCCUGGCGAGGAAGUCUGUGUGCAACUCCAUUCUGGUUUUGGCAAGCAUAGUGGCUGGCCACGAAGACAAUGCAGAGCAUGCUGACUGCUAACCGUGCUUGUGUUUGAGAGUGUUCCUCCAGUGGAAAAUGGGGAAUUCAGAAAGUCAAUACAGUCUUCAGGGAUCAAAAAAUCAUGCUGCUACUACAGCUGGUGCCAAGCAGAAGCCUUGCUCUCUGAAAAUUCGCAGCAUUCAUGCUAAAGAUGAAAAGUCUUGCUCUAUGCAUGGAUGGGGACAUACUAGCAGCGGCUCAACCUACAAAUCAAGGUCCCUUGCCAGAAGCUGCCUUUCACACUUCAAGAGUAGUCAGCCUUAUUCCUCUAGACUUGGUGACACUGUGAUGAAGGUCUCCAAAAGCAAUGUCCAUGCCAAACAUAGGACAAAUGCCUCAGGGGACUACUGCCAAGGGAGUAACGCGAUGUUUUUGCCGGAGAAUGGGUUCCACUAUAUUGGCCUCCAAGCUGGAACUAAUCAUGCUGCCUCUCGAGAAUGCAAUGGCCACAUUUUAAAUUGCUAUGGAAAAAAUGAGAGUCUUGCAUCAGCCUCCCCAUCAGAGGACAGGAGGAGUCCAAAAGUUCUCAUUAAAACUCUGGGGAAGCUGGAUGGUUGCUUGAGGGUCGAGUUCCACAACAGCAACAACAGCAAGGUACCAGUCGAGGAGUCCAGUGGACCAGUGCAGUUGCUGAGGUAUUCCCCUGCCUUGGAAUCUAAGCCAAAUAACCUGCUUGAUGUCAGGAGGAACUCCAGUGCAGACUGCUCUUCAAGCCAUCGUCUGUCACCUACCGAUUCAAGGCUUCGGUCUAGUAAAGGAAGCUCCCUCAGCUCUGAGUCUUCAUGGUAUGACUCUCUCUGGGGAAAUGCUGGGGAUAUCAAUGAGCUGGAUGGUUCAUAUUUGACCAGGAGCACUCCAGAUACGAGCAUUCAUGCCAGUUUCCCAGCAAGUGACAACAAGAAGUCGUUCAACCAAAGUUCAUCUCUUUCCUCACUCCGAGAUCUCUAUAAGGAUACAAAUUUGGAAAGCGCUCCUCCACCUGGGAUCAGGCUGUCUGAUGAGUAUAUUGACACUCCUGGUAGCCUAAGCAACCGUGUCUCAUUUGCCUCAGACAUUGAUGUUCCCUCCAGGGUAGAGCAGGGGAGUCCUGCACAUUACACCUCCUACACCCUCCCUUGCAGAAAGCCUAAGCCCCUUGGUGAGGAUGCAUCCAAGAAGGAUACAUUAAAGAACCGAAUGCGGCGCAUCAGUGACUGGACAGGAAGUCUUUCAAGGAAGAAAAGGAAGCUGCAGGAGCCAAAGUAUAAAGAUGGGAGUGAAUACUUCGACAGCAGAAUGGACAACUUCACUACGGACACACUGGCACCAUCACAGCUCUCCACUUUACUGUGGUCUCCUGGCUCCAGCCAUGCCCUGUCCCAGAGAAGCGAGUCCACCAAUGCUGUCAGCAGUGAUGCCUUGAGGCAGAACAUUUAUGAGAACUUCAUGCGAGAGCUGGAGAUGAGCAGGAUGAACUUGGAGAAUACGGAGACCUCAUCAGAAACAGAAGACUCCAGUUGCGAGUCCCUUAGUUCCUUGGAGCAGCUGGAUCUGUUGUAUGAGAAAGAGCAGGGCGUGGUGCGCAAGGCAGGGUGGCUGUUCUUCAAACCCCUGGUGACCCUGCAGAAGGAGAAGAAGCUGGAGCUGGUCACACGACGCAAGUGGAAGCAGUACUGGGUCACACUCAAAGGUUGUACUCUACUGUUUUAUGAGACCUAUGGAAGGAACUCAAUGGAGCAGAGCAGUUUGCCUCGAUACGCCCUGUUUGCAGAAGACAGUAUAGUUCAGUCUGUUCCAGAACAUCCCAAGAAAGAAAAUGUGUUCUGUCUCAGCAAUUCUUUUGGAGAUGUCUACCUAUUUCAGGCAACAAGUCAGACAGAUCUGGAAAACUGGGUUACUGCCAUACAUUCAGCCUGUGCUUCCCUCUUUGCAAAGAAGCUUGGGAAAGAGGACACUGUCAGGCUGCUGAAAAAUCAGACCAAGAGCCUCUUUCAGAAGAUUGACAUGGAUGGCAAAAUGAAAAAGAUGGCAGAGUUGCAGCUCUCAAUUGUUAGUGAUCCAAAAAACAGAAAGGCCAUAGAAAAUCAGAUUCAGCAAUGGGAACAGAACCUGGAAAAAUUUAACAUGGACCUUUUCCGAAUGCGAUGUUACCUAUCCAGUUUGCAAGGUGGGGAGCUCCCAAACCCAAAGAGCCUUCUGGCUGCUGCCAGUCGUCCCUCAAAACUGGCGCUAGGGAGGCUCGGCAUUUUCUCUGUCUCAUCCUUCCAUGCACUGAUCUGCUCCAGGGAUGAAGCUGCUCUCAGGAAACGUACCCUGUCUCUGUCACAAAGGGUUCGAAAUAAGAAGGGUUUAUUUUCCUCUCUGAAAGGACUGGACACAUUGGCAAGAAAAGGAAAAGAAAAGCGACCUUCCAUAACUCAGGUGUUUGAUUCAGCAGGAGGACAUGGAUUUGCUGGCGUGCAGAAUUCAGCCAACUCUGCUGAGCAGCAAGUCGACGAUUUUUUGAAUGUCUACUGCUCAGUGCCAGAGAGUGUCCAGAAGGAGAACGCUUGGGAAACACAGACGUAUGUUCAUUUCUGUGAUGGCCAAGCAGUGGCGCUGACACUCAAGCCAGAGCACAGGGUGGAGGAUGUUUUGUCUUUGGCAUGCAAGAUGAAACAGCUGGAGCCAAGACACUAUGGCCUACAGCUCAGAAGACUGGUUGAUGAGAACACUGAGUAUUGUGCUCCUGAACCGUACGAAUACAUAGUAGACCAGGUGUAUGAUGAAAUAGAAAUUUGUCCAUUAAAUGUUUAUCAUGUUCAUCUUACAAAGACUGAAAACAUAAGUGAUUAUGGCUUUGCUGUCACAGCUCAAGUUGCUGAAAAUGAGCAUCUCACACAUAUCUUUGUAAGUGAUGUUCUCCCUGAUGGACUGGCAUACAAGGAAGGCCUCCGAGUAGGCAAUGAAAUCCUGAGCAUAAAUGGAGAGGCUGUGUGUGAUCUCGAUCUCAGGCAGAUGGAGUUAUUGUUUUCAGAGAGAAAUGUAAUGCUCACAGUGAGAACGAGCCAAUGUGGGACCCAGCAACCCUUGUGUGUGUCCUGGUCAGAUGGUGACAUUUCCAGGGACCCAAAGAGUUUGUUGCCCCCCCCAAACCAGUCACAGCUCCUGGAGGAGUUUCUAGACAACUUCAAAAAGAACACAGCAAAUGACUUCAGUAAUGUGCCUGACGUCACAUCCAGUUUGAAAAGGAGCAGUACUGAUGGCACUCUGGACCAAGUGCCACCCAGGGAGAAGACUGAUCCACCCUUCAGGAGUGCAGAACAGAUCAGUGCAUUGUGCCGAAACUUCCAAGAAGUCCAACCAAGCAAUAUGGAAGGACACAAGGACAACCAGGAUCCACCUCCACGACCACUGGCUCGCCACCUUUCUGAUGCAGAUAGACUGAGGAAAGUCAUCCAAGAACUUAUGGAUACUGAGAAAUCUUAUGUCAAGGACUUGAGUUGCCUCUUCGAGCUGUACUUGGAGCCCCUUCAAAAAGAAACCUUCCUUACCCAGGAUGAGAUGGAGUCCUUGUUUGGCAGCCUGCCAGAAAUGCUGGAUUUCCAGAAGGUGUUUUUGGAGACACUUGAAGAUGGAAUAUCUUCUUCCUCAGAUUUUAAUACAUUGGAAACACCAUCUCAGUUCCGGAAAUUGCUGUUUUCCCUCGGAGGCUCCUUUCUGUAUUAUGCUGACCACUUCAAACUGUACAGUGGCUUCUGUGCAAACCACAUCAAAGUGCAGAAAGUUCUUGAGAGAGCCAAAACAGAUAGUGCCUUUAAGACCUUUCUGGAUGCUCGAAAUCCCACAAAGCAACAUUCUUCCACAUUGGAGUCAUAUCUCAUAAAGCCUGUUCAAAGAGUGUUGAAAUAUCCUCUGCUUUUAAAAGAGCUGGUGUCUCUGACAGACAAUGAGAGUGAGGAGCAUUAUCAUUUGACAGAAGCACUGAAGGCAAUGGAAAAAGUAGCAAGUCACAUAAAUGAGAUGCAGAAGAUAUAUGAAGAUUAUGGCACUGUAUUUGACCAACUGGUUGCAGAUCAAAGUGGAACAGAGAAAGAGGUGACAGAGCUUUCAAUGGGAGAACUUCUGAUGCACUCUACAGUUACCUGGCUAAAUCCUUUCCCGUCGCUGGGCAAAGCAAGGAAAGACCUUGAACUCACAGUGUUUGUUUUUAAGAGGGCUGUAAUACUAGUGUAUAAGGAGAACUACAAACUGAAAAAGAAAAUGCCUACUAAUGUUCGUGCUGCACAUAAUUAUGGUGACUUGGAUCCAUUUAAAUUUCGUUGGCUGAUUCCUUUAUCUGCUCUUCAAGUUCGACUGGGGAACACAGCAGGAACAGAAAACAGCUGUAUCUGGGAACUGAUUCACACCAAGUCAGAACUGGAAGGCAGGCCAGAAACAAUUUUUCAGUUGUGCAGCAGUGAUUCUGAGAACAAGACUAACAUUGUGAAGGUCAUCCGUUCUAUUCUGCGGGAGAAUUUCAGACGUCACAUAAAAUGUGAGCUACCACUGGAGAAAAAAUGUAAAGAUCGCAUUGUCCCACUCAAGAAUCGUGUACCUGCAACAGCCAAACUGGCUUCCACGAGAUCCUUGAAGGUACUGAAGAAGUCAGCCAGUAGCGAGUGGAAUGGUGACCAGGGGAAAGGCACCUUCCAGGACUCUGAUGAGUGCAGCCUAAGCAGCAGCACUCAGAGCAGCAGCUGCCACACUUCUGAGAGCAUCCAGGAGCCCAAAAAUUCAUCUCCCGAUAAACAUGUAGACAGCACUGCAUCUGAUUUUUCUAAUGUCAAAGAAUCUGAUAUUCUCAGUGAUGAUGAUGAUGAUGAGGACUAUCAGAACCUGAAGAAAGGCAGCCCUACAAAAGACAUUGAAAUACAGUUCCAGCGGCUGAAGAUUUCAGAGGAACCCAGUGCUGACUCUGAACAGGAUCAGGCUGCUGAAAAUGAGGAAGGAGAUGGCUUUCAGAUAGCACAGCAUCCAAAGCUUGUGAGGGGCCAUUUCUGCCCAGUGAAGAGAAAAGUAAACAGCACAAAGCGCAACAGAGGAACGCUAAUGGCAAUGCAAGAACGUCACCAAUCCCUUGACAGUCACUCUGAUGCUGCAAACCUGGAUCUCAACUCUAUUUUAGAGAGAGAAUUUAGUGUCCAGAGUUUAACAUCUGUAGUUAAUGAGGACUGUUUUUAUGAAGCUGUGGAGAGGCAUGGAAAAUCCUAGCUUUCUAAAAUCUAUAUUAAAACAUUCAUUUGAAGUCCACAUAAAAUUCAACAAACAUUUUGCUUUACAACUAGUAAAUUCAAGGAAGAUGCAGAAAAACUACUAUCUGAUUUUUUUUUGUGCACUAAUACAUUUUUGCUCAAAAACAGCUGUAAAGGAUUCUUAAGUUAUUUUAAUUUAUUGUGGAUCAAAAAUUGAUAAAGUCGGCCCAGGUUUGUAAAUUAGUUCAUCCCUUCCAACCAGUUAUUAAGAUGAUACAGUGUUCUUGGGGAUGGCCUCAUUAAUAUUUUAAGUAAUGUGGAAAAGGUGCCAGUGAAUGGCAGAGGGGUUUACAAUGGAAAGUAGCACUGCAAACUGAAUUGUUCAAUAGCUUGGGCAUUUUAUUUCUUUGGUUUUCAUGUCUGCUUUAUUUAAAGCACAAUUAAGUUAUUUUAAUGUGUUUUAGUGCACAACAGUGCAGAAGUUUCAUUUUUGUAUGUUUCAAUGCUGUUUAUACUUUAUACAUACAUGUAAAUACAAAAACAAAGCUUGGCCUGUAAUCUUUUAUUUGACUGUAUUUUUUAUUUUCUCUAUGAGCCUGUACAGUAAAAGACAAAUAAGUAUUGUA